CGGCGACGGCAGGGGUUGCCCAGCUGUUCCAGUGCGGCAAUGGUCCCUCCUCCCAGCUGCGCCUGCCUCAUCUCCCCCCACCCAGCAGCCCGUCCCUCCCCUCCGCCGCUCCCGACGCUGCAGCCGCUGCCGCCACCUCCUCCUCGUCCCAACCCCCAGCCUCCCUCUCUCCCUCCCUCUCUCUCUCUCUCUCCCCAUCUCCUCUCCUCUCUGUCCGGUUUCUCCCUUUCCCGCCGGCGGCGGCCCUGGCAGAGUAGGCACCGCAGGGCGGAGAGGGGCGAAAACCUCCAUGUAACACCAUGACAGGCAUCGCCGCCGCCUCCUUCUUCUCCAAUACCUGCCGCUUCGGGGGCUGCGGGCUGCCCUUCCCAACCCUGGCCGAGCUCAUCGAGCACAUCGAGGACAACCAUAUCGAUACAGACCCGCGUGUAUUGGAGAAGCAAGAACUACAACAGCCAACUUAUGUUGCUCUCAGUUACAUUAAUAGGUUUAUGACUGAUGCAGCGCGGCGAGAGCAGGAAUCCCUGAAGAAGAAAAUCCAGCCUAAACUCUCCCUGACUCUUUCAAGUUCGGUGUCCCGGGGAAACGUAUCUACUCCUCCACGCCACAGCAGUGGGAGCCUUACUCCGCCAGUCACGCCACCCAUUACCCCCUCCUCGUCGUUUCGCAGCAGCACACCCACAGGAAGCGAGUAUGAUGAGGAGGAAGUAGACUAUGAAGAUUCAGACAGCGAUGAGUCCUGGACUACAGAAAGUGCCAUCAGCUCUGAAGCUAUCCUAAGUUCCAUGUGUAUGAAUGGAGGAGACGAAAAACCCUUUGCUUGUCCUGUCCCUGGCUGUAAAAAGCGAUAUAAGAAUGUGAACGGUAUAAAAUAUCAUGCCAAGAAUGGCCACAGAACACAGAUACGUGUGCGGAAACCAUUCAAAUGUCGUUGUGGGAAGAGUUACAAGACAGCUCAGGGUCUCCGGCACCAUACAAUCAAUUUCCACCCACCAGUGUCUGCUGAGAUUAUCAGAAAGAUGCAGCAAUAACAUGCUGGUCACAUAUGUGCCAAGGAAUCCUCACCAGCAGUUGCUGAUUUUGAAGACAGCCACCUUCUCUGGGGAAGGCACUGAGCAACCCCGUAAAGAAUUUAAAUUGCAUGCUUUACAAUUUUUUCUGUAAUUUUGGAAUGAUGUAUCUUUGUAGAGUUAAUGAUUUUGUACAUUUGCACAUGUAAUCAUCAUGCCCAUAUACGUUAGUUUGAUAUAAAGGUGCUAAAAGCUACAGGUUUUCUGAAGUAUUUCCCUCCCCCCAAAAGGAGAAUUAGGGUAUGCUGUAUAUUUAGUUGCUCUGCAGUGUUAAAAUAAGAAUGGGGAAGGGGAGGAGGAAAGCUUGGCACUGAGAACUUCAAGAUUGUAAUGUGAUUGAAGAAAUUCGACACAUCAGUUCCCAUGUGCUUGCAAAACCAAAACAAUUCCCCAUUAUCCACCUGGUUAAUAUGCCUUAUGUAAUAGAGAUAUCUGUGGGAUAGGAAGGUUUUAGGUAUUGGAAUUAUAAAUAAGAGAAUGUUUAACAUAUGCUAAAAAUAUUUUCAUACUCAGAUAACAUACAUAAAAAGUGUGCUUGCUGUAUUUUAUAUUACCUUGCAAAUUCUUUAGCUCUCUGAAAUGCUGAAAAUCUUUGCAUUUGAACUAGUAAACCAUUCAUUCUAGCAUUAGAAUUCCUACUCCUGUCUGUAAAGGAUGCUAUAUAAUGUUAAAAGACCCACCAUAAUUCCAGAAGACCAAGUUCUCCUGGUCUCGUUCUUCUUUAAUAUCUACUACUAGAAGACAUUUGGAAAUAAAGUGCAAAUUUGUGAGGGAGAAAUUACCUUCAUCUUAGAUGAAGUUCUUAAAGCACUUUGUAGUUCUCAAUUGCCAACAAAUUUAAAUGUUUUAUGUAUUGCCAACUCUUGCAACCCCUGUACUAGUACGGACCAGUGGUUGCAAAUAAAAAAUUCUAGGAUGUUUUAAUGAGGUACAUUAUUUGUGUUAAGGGAGUUUCAAGUUCCAUUUACAUUGUACCUUCAGAUUUUUGUAUAUAUAAUAUAUAU